GGUGGGUCACCGCGGUCACUCUCUCCAGAAAGAAGGUAGUUUCUCCAUUGGAACCGUCCAGCAAAGUAGCUGCGACAUGGGCGCAAAUAUUGCAAACUCGUUUUUGCUACGACUUCGUCAAAAUUUGAGAAGAAAAUUUGGUGCUUUUACUUUGCUUGUUACCGUCUACCUUCAAUUAUUCCUCUUCACCUUGCCGUUAGUUGGGGUCAUUGUUUCAGCAAGAGUAUUUGCGCCAACGCCAGACUUUUGGCAGCAAAAAUGGACCCAUAUUUUGACGUGGAUGGGCCACAACCAGCGCUUUGUUUUUGGGUUAAUGCCCUCAAUUAUUUCCACGGUCGUCUUUUGGAUUGUGGGCACCUCAUUCCUGCUGCUCGACUUUACUGGCUGGCUUUCCAAAUACAAAGUUCAGCCGGGCACCAACGAGCCCCCGAAAGCCCCUCGCCUCACCAAGGCGGCCAUCUGGGUGCUGAUCAACCAAUUUUGCGUCGGAGCCCCGCUCGGCGUGCUGGGCUACGAAGUUUUGCGGUUAACGUCAACGCAGGAGCAAAUCAGUCUGGACAAAUUUGAGGAGCUGCCCUCGAUUUCCACUCUUCUUUUUGAGUUGGCCGCUUUCAUGACUAUUAGAGAAGUGAUCUUCUAUUACGGGCACAGGUUGCUGCACCAUCGAUUGUUCUACAAACACUUCCACAAACAACACCACGAGUGGACGGCGCCGAUCGCCUUUAUCACCAUUUACUGCCACCCAGUAGAACACAUCUUGGCCAAUAUUUUGCCCACGGCCGUGGGACCGAUUUUGCUCAAGUCGCACCCCCUCAUUGACUGGACCUGGUUCCUCCUUAUCAUGGCCUGGCCUAUGUUCAACCACUCAGGGUACCACCUUCCCCUGUCACCGUCCCCUGAGUUCCACGACUUUCACCACAUGACGAGCAAUCAAAAUUUUGGAAAUCUGGGCAUCAUGGACGCAUUCCACGGAACAGACAAACAAUGGAAGAAAACCGAGUCAUAUGAAAGGCACUUUACACUUUUUGGAAUUAAGCCUGCGCGAGAAGUAAUCAAAAGCAUUCAGUAGAUUUAAAUUUGAUUGCUAAAAUCAGCUAAAAUGUUGAUUUAAACUUGAAAGUAAAAAUGACUAAAAUCAAAUUUUUGUUUAACAAAAUUAUGUUACUAUUUUGAUAAUUUGUUAGUCAUAAAUUUUUGGUUCAAUCUUCCUACAUAAAUUAUAUUCUGAUGAAAUAAAUAAUAAACUCAUUAUG